UAUCUGUGGUGCGGCGUCCCAUGCGCGCGCAUCUUGAAAAUACAUGUCAUUCGUGUCCAAGCUAUCCUGUGGUUUUAUUGUAUGAUUAUUUAUAAAUAUCUAUAAAUAUAUCAUUUGGCGACGAAUGGGAUCAAUUUAUCCACAAUAUUGAAGGAAAAUGGCAUUCCUAGGGAACUUACCGAUUUUUGAUCACAAAGUAAGCGAAUGGCUUAUAUUCAAGGGUAAGUUAACGCAAUUUAUAAAGAUCAACAGCGUUAAGGAAGAAAACCAAAGCGGUAUUCUUUUAACUCAUCUUGAUGAAGAAUCAUAUCGCUUGUUGCGUAAUUUAGCGUAUCCCUUGGAAUUGGACACAUUAGGUUUCACAAGAUUAAUUGAGUUACUCGAUAGUCAUUUUAAACCAAGACAAGGCUCAUUUGUUGACAAGGCGAAAUUUUACGGAGCUAGUAGAAGUCCAGGCGAGAAAUUAGGAGACUGGGCGGCGCGACUGAGAGGUCUAGCAAGCUAUUGCGACUUUGGCACCGCUUUGGAAACGAAUCUGAGGGAUCGUUUCGUCCUCGGCUUGGGCGCCGGCCCGGAACGCGAUAAGUUGUUUGAGCAAAAUGCGUCGACGCUGACGUUGACGAGGGCUAUAGAGUUAGCGGAGCAAGCGGCCUGUGCUAAGCAGGCGAAAGUCAUGUGUAAAGAAGAAUCUGCUAUAUUGAAGGAAGAGCCGAUACUGCGAGCAAAAUUUCAAACCGGCCGAGGCGAUCAACAGCGGCCCGGCGCGGCGCGCGGCGACGUAGCGGAUAUAUCAUGUCGUUGCUUGGUUUGCGGAUUUAAAAAUCACACAAGUGAGAUAUGCCGCUACAAGACUUAUAAAUGUCAGAAAUGUGGUGUCAAAGGCCAUCUGAAGAAAGUGUGUACAGCGGCUAAAAAAUCGUCCGAUCAGAUUCAUCAUUGCAAUUCGACAAUGGAAUAUCAAGCCCCUGAAAACAUUGCCUUGAAUUGUGAGGAAUGUCAAAAUUUUAAUUUGAGAGAAAAAGUAGAACAAGAAAUUGAUAGAUUAGUCAAGUUAGGUAUUCUUGUUCCCGUUAACCAUUCUGACUACGCUACACCUAUUGUUCCCGUUUUAAAAAGCGAUGGUCAAGUCAAGAUUGCUGGUGAUUUUUCAAUUACAUUAAACAAAGAUCUUAUUAUUGAUAAAUAUCCGUUACCUCGUAUAGAGGAAGUGUUCGCGAAAAUUGGAGGUGGUGAACGGUAUAGUAAAAUUGACUUAAAAAAUGCCUACAAUCAAUUUUUAUUAGAGGAAUCGUCUCAGGAUCUCACUACAAUUAAUACGCAUAAAGGGCUUUUUAAAUAUACUCGUUUAGUUUACGGCUUGGCGAACGCGCCGGCAAUUUUUCAGAAGUCAAUGGAGUCGUUGCUUUCAGGCAUUAAAGGGGUAAGUGUCUGGUUGGAUGAUAUUUGUAUAACCGGAUCAGAUUCGGAUAUUCAUUUAAAGAGACUGCACGAAGUUCUGAGUAGGCUGAAUGAUGCUGGAUUAAGACUUCAAAAAGAAAAAUGCGAGUUUUUCAGGGAAAGCGUACAAUACUUAGGUUAUGUUAUUAGCAAGGAAGGACUUCAAACUUGUCCCGAUAAAGUGAAGGCUAUUCUAAACGCGCCAGACCCGACUAACGUCAGUGAGGUACAGAGGUUCUUAGGUGUAGUUAACUAUUAUAGAAAUUUUAUCCCUAAUGCGUCUUCAUUAUUGAACCCUCUUCACGAGCUAUUGCGAAGUGAUGUUCCGUGGGAGUGGGGAGAGCGACAACGGCGCAGCAUGGCGGCCGUGCGCCGCGAGCUAUCCUCGGAGCGCGUGCUGGCGCACUUCGACCCCGCCGCGCAGCUCGUGCUGAGCGUGGACGCCGGCCCGGCCGGGCUCGGCGCGGUGCUGGCUCAGCGGACUGCUGACGGCGCCGAGCGGCCCCUGGCAUAUGCAUCACGAUCCCUAGCGGCUAGCGAACGAAAUUACAGCCAAAUUCAAAAAGAGGCGACCGCCAUUAUAUUUGGCGUCAAGCGAUUUCACCAGUAUCUUUAUGGCCGUGAUGAUCCUUUCAUUUUAAAAACGGAUCAUAGGCCGCUAGUAUCGAUAUUUAACAAUAAGUCCGGUAUACCGAUAACUACAGCCUUGCGUUUGCAAAGGUAUGCGAUUAUAUUAUCGGCUUAUAAUUAUACAGUACAAUAUGUAUCUAGCGAAAACAAUGCAGUAGCAGAUUUUUUUUCACGCGCUCCUUUACAGGUAAAGUCAAUCGACGAAAAUGGUAAGGAUGUCGACAGUCUUUAUGCCCUGAAAUUUUUGGACGCGGCGUCACCGGCUACCGCCUUGAAAGAUAUCAUACUAGCGACCCAACAAGAUGAAACCAUAAUGACUGUAGUAAAAUAUUUGCAGUAUGGUUGGCCCAGAAAAAUUAGUUGUACGUCUGUUUUACCGUAUUUCCAAUGUAAAUCGGAUUUGCAGUUUGAAAAUGGUUGUCUUUUGAGAGGACAUAGGAUAGUGAUACCUUCAAAGCUUAGAAAUAAGAUGUUACAGGAAUUGCACGAUUCCCACUUAGGUAUAACUAAGAGUAAAAGUAAUGCUCGUAGUAGAAUGUGGUGGCCGGGCAUCGACGGCGACAUCGAGCGCUGGGUGGGAGCGUGUGCGGCGUGCGUGUCGGCGCGCGGGGCCCCGCCGCGCGACCCGCCCGCGCCCUGGCCCGCCGCCGCCCGCCCGUGGCAGCGCAUACACAUCGACUAUAUGACUAUAGGGCAAAGGGUAUACUUGGUGGUUGUGGAUUCACAUAGCAAAUGGUUGGAGUGUUUGUAUAUGCACAAUGGAACUUCAACGACCGCUUUAAUUACUAAGCUUAAAGUAUUAUUUGCUACUUUUGGUAUUCCAGACCUCUUAGUAUCUGACAACGACACGAAAAUAAAUUCUCUCGAAUUUAGGUCAUUUUGCUCAGCAAAUGGUAUCAAAUAUAUGACGUCACCUAUUUACCACCCUCCUAGUAACGGACAAGCCGAAAACUCUGUCAGAACAUGUAAAAAGAUGUUAAAAUGUAUACUUAAAGAAAAUUUAAGUCUGUGCGAAAUUCAGGAACAUCUUUUAGGAUAUUUAUUCAAUUAUAGAAAUGCCGUGCAUUGUACCACCGGAGAAACGCCAGCCAAGUUAAUGUUCGGUCGUAAACUUCGCACUCGUCUCGACCUUAUUUUGCCAUCGGAAAGAGAGCACAGCUCAGUGCCUGUGCCGGGUAGGCGAUCGUUUGGUAUAGGAGACAAGGUGUGGUGCCGAUGGUAUAGUGCGCGGAUGGAAACUUGGCAACUAGGAAUAAUUAAAGAGAAAGUAGGUAACAAAAUGUACAAAAUUUUUAUAGAUAGUUUAGAUGAAUAUUGUAUCAGACAUGUUGAUCAACUGCUUAAUUAUACCGGCGGUGAGAAUGAAGUAGCUGAUGGCCAUCUGCUUGAUGAUGUUUCUUUUUCGAGUCCUGUUACUGCUGUCUCUUCCCAAGAACCGGCUGCGAUAACUCAAAGUGAUGAAACUCAAAUGAGUUCACAACCUCAGCAUGUAACAAAUAAUAGAGACAGGGAAGUUGGCAGAGAUUGUGAGGAGGAGGAAAGUGAGAGAAUCAUUGAAAUUCAAAAUGACUCCUCAGCCGAGCAUAGUUCUGAGCAAGUGCAGGGCGUCAGUAGCGAUGCAACGGUGGUAGAUCCGCCGGAAACUCUUACUCGCCCUAGACGAAAUGUUCCACGGGUUGAUUACAGAAAGUAUUUGUAA